AUGCUGUACAUUUUAUUUGGUGUAACUUUCGUUUCUUCUGUGUUUGCAUCCCCAAAGCAACUCGUUGAUUACACAUGUGUUCAACACGGAGGCUGUAACUCCUGCACUCAAAAGUGGAGAAAUCUUUUCAAGGACAUUUUCGAACUACGCUGCCGUGAAACUCAACCAGUUAAGCUGACUUAUCAUGGUUGGGUGGCCCACCUCAUCGAUUUUUUCGUAUACGGGGUAUGGAUAGAUUCAAACCGUGUUCGUAUUUUCAAAGUUGAAAGAGAAGAAAACUGUGACGACAUUGGAGAAGCAGCAGUAGAGAUGCUAGCCGACAUCAAUAAGCUGAAUAAGAGAAGUUGGAAACCAAUUAACACUUGUACGAUGUUCACGGAAAAGUGUAAAUUUGCUUGCAAACCAUACCGAGAAAAAGAGCAGUCAGGGUUCUGGCUUUUCACUACUUUUACCACCAAACAUGUAGUCUUAUGCGCUUUCACUGGUAUGGAAGGUGUUGAGCCAAUCCCAAAGUACAAGUGGACGAAAUUGGACGAAUGUAGAGAAGAUUGGAAAAGAUGUAGAUCACUGAUGUGA